ACCAUAUAUGACGUUUUUGUUUCUGUCCCCUUCCCUCAAGCUUCAAACUGAGUGAAGAACAGUGGCUUCUCCAUCUGAAUAAAGCUUGAAGGUGACAAAAAAUGGCGCAUUCGGAAGGAACGGAUCAGAAGAAGAAGAAAGAUGUAAUUCGUUUAGAGCGUGAAUCUGUGAUUCCAAUUCUGAAGCCAAGGCUCAUCAUGUCCUUGGCCAAUCUUAUUGAGCACAGUUCUGAUCGAGCUGAGUUCUUGAAGCUCUGCAAGAGAGUAGAGUACACGAUUCGAGCGUGGUACCUCCUACAAUUUGAGGACUUGAUGCAACUCUACUCCCUCUUUGACCCUGUAAGUGGGGCACAGAAGCUUGAACAGCAGAAGUUAUCUACCCAGGAAAUUGAUGUACUAGAGCAGAAUUUCUUGACGUAUCUAUUUCAGGUCAUGGAAAAGAGCAACUUCAAGAUAGUAAGUGAGGAUGAGAUUGAGGUUGCACAAUCAGGCCAGUAUCUUCUAAACCUUCCCAUUAAAGUGGAUGAAUCUAAGCUUGACAAGACACUUCUGAAGAAAUAUUUUGAAAAUCACCCUCACGAUAACCUUCCACAUUUCUGUGAUAAGUAUGUUAUCUUUCGUCGUGGCAUUGGAAUUGAUCGAACAACUGAUCUCUUUAUCAUGGAGAAAGUGGACAUGCUCAUUGCACGCUUGUGGGCAUACUUGUUAAGGAUAACUAGGUUGGAAAAACUUUUAUCAAGAAAGCCAAAAAGGCAUAAUGACACAAAUCCAAAGAAGGAUGAUGAAAUUAACUCUGAGAAUGGGGUAGACUUGUUCGUUGAACGGAUACGCCUUGAAAAUAUGCAACUAAGUUUCCGCAAUUUGGUGGGCAAGACCACGAUUCAAGAACCGACAUUUGAUAAGAUAAUUGUAGUAUACAGGAGAGCUGGCACCAAAUCAAAAGCAGAGCGAGGAAUAUUUGUGAAGCAUUUUAAAGACAUUCCAAUGGCUGAUAUGGAGAUAGUUCUUCCAGAAAAGAAAAACCCUGGAUUAACUCCAAUGGAUUGGGUAAAGUUUCUUGGAUCAGCUAUUGUUGGGCUGGUUGCCGUAGUUAGUUCACUUGAAAUGCCUACAGCUGAUUGGUUUGUCAUUAUUGCUGUUCUUUCCACAGUUGUUGGUUAUAUCGCCAAGACAUACUUCACGUUUCAGGCAAACUUGGCUCAGUACCAAAAUUUGAUUACACAGUCGAUGUACGACAAACAACUAGACAGUGGAAAGGGCACCCUUCUCCAUUUGUGUGAUGAUGUCAUUCAACAGGAGGUCAAAGAGGUAAUAGUAUCAUUCUUUAUUUUGAUGGAACAAGGCAAAGCUACAAGACAGGAUCUUGAUCAAUGGUGUGAGGAAUUAAUCAAAGAAGAGUUCGGGGAGGAUUGUAAUUUUGAUGUGGAUGAUGCAGUUGGGAAAUUAGAGAAAUUGGGAAUCGUUACGCGGGAUACUAUUGGAAGGUAUCAGUGUGUUGGGCUGAAAAGGGCCAAUGAGAUCAUUGGCACUACAACAGAAGAGCUUGUUCUUAAGGCAAAACAGGGAGCCAUCAAUCCUUGAUGGUGUUUCCAAAAGUGUGCUUUAUUAUCUCUCUUAUGUACAUGUUAAUUUCUGCUUUCUGUCGUGUAAGUUUAUGUCAAUGUGUGUAUUCUGUAUUAUGUUUACUUCUUCAAUAUUUUCUUUGUUCAUAAAACCUUGUCCCUGAUUCUAAAAUGCACUCAAUUGAAUGUUUUCUUUUUAAUGA